UUAGAAGUAGCUAGCCCGUGUGCUCCAGUAUGGACCCACUGUAGACUUCGCGGCUAUUGUUGCGAUUCCGCGAUUUGGGUGACAGCUCCCGUGGAUCUAAAAUUCCAGGAGCGACGGGAUAAUGAGAAGAGGGAAUUAUAAUAUUUAUACUGCAGGGAUAGCGCAGAGAGAUAUCCACAAUAAAAGAUAUUGACAUGAAGAAAGACAUUGAGACGUGGAUAGCAGAGGAACGCGCUGACAUCAUCUUGAAAUAUGAUACGGGCAGACAGGAGGGGAUGGUGAUUGACUCCUGGGAGGAUGCAGACUACAGUAUUUACAGAGUCACCGACCGUUUCGGAUUUCUGCAUGACAAGGAGCUGCCAACCCUUAGUGCACAUGAGGAGAAGAAAAAUAACCUGGAAAUUGAAAGGGUGGAGAAAUGGCUGAAGAUGGUGAAGAAAUGGGAUAAAUACAGGAACAGUGACAGGAUGGUAAAGCGUGUGUAUAAGGGUAUCCCACUGCAGCUGAGAGGCCAGGCCUGGGCCCUGAUGCUGGAUGUGGAGAAGGUGAAGAAUGAAAACGAGGGGAAGUAUGAGAGGAUGAAGGAACAAGCCAGAAUCUUCUCCCAGGAAAUCAAACAGAUAGAUCUGGACGUGAAUAGGACAUUUAGAAACCACAUCAUGUUCAUGGAUCGAUUCGGAGUCAAGCAGCAGUCUUUAUUUCAUGUCCUGUCUGCCUAUUCAGUCUACAACACGGAGGUGAGCUACUGCCAGGGCAUGAGCCAGGUUGCUGCCUUGCUGCUGAUGUACAUGAACGAGGAAGACGCCUUCUGGGCCCUGUCACAGCUACUGACCAAUCAGAAGCAUGCCAUGCACGGUUUCUUUAUUCCUGGGUUUCCCAAACUGCAGCGCUUCCAGGCGCACCAUGAUCAAAUUCUCUCCAAACUCAUCCCCAAACUGAAGAAACAUCUGGACAGGGAGCAGAUGUCCUGUGGGAUCUACAGCACUAAAUGGUUCCUGCAGUGUUUCAUUGACAGGACCCCGUUCACCCUGACUCUACGUCUGUGGGACAUCUACAUUCUGGAAGGAGAGACAAUCCUUACCGCCAUGUCCUACACAAUCCUUCGAAUAUUUAAGAAGCGUCUCCUGAAGAUGAAUCUGGAGGACCUGAGAGAGUUCCUUCAGGACAAGAUCGGCCUGUCGUUCCUCUACAGCGAUGACGUCAUCAUCGAUCAGCUGCAGGCCUCCAUGGCGGAACUACGGAAGAUGAAGCUGGACCUUCCACCCCCAGCCAAGCCAGAGGAACUGCCACGGAAGGUCCUGGGUUUGGAGCUACCUGUUCUGCUCACCCCUCUCAAGCCCCCCAGGGGAGUCACCUCUGACCCGGGUACCAAACGACCAGGAGCAGGGCCUAUGGGUCUCCACAUCAUCACCCACCAGCCAGAUGUCAUCUCCCAGGACAACAGCCCCUCUAAGGAGGCAAGGAAGGACAAGGAAGCUCUAAAUAGGGAGGAAGAGGAAGAUGAGGAAGUCCCUCUUCCAUCUCCAGACCCCAUUCUCAUCCACACCAUCCAAGCUCAAGUGACCCCCGAUGGGCCUCCCCAGGCUGGGGCUGGACCACCACCUUAUGAGCCACCAGGGAGCAAUGAGCACAAUGUUAUGGGACAUUCUGCCAUUCUUAUGCCACUCCACAAAGAAAUGAGUGUUAAGAGCUCAUUUGGUCCAGUGGCUUUACCAGAGACACAGGCCGUAGUUCAACAGGGUACAAACACACCUCCACAAAUCCCCAUGGAGGAGCCGACCCUGACUCCCCCUUUAUCCCUUAGCCCUCCACAGCCACCCUGCAGGGUCCCCCGGACUCAGUCAGCACCCUUAGCCCAGGCUUCCCGGCGGCCUAUGUGAGAGUGAGAGCCUAUCGGUGGGGGUGGGGGAGAGAGCGGAGGAUGGGUACCUGGCCAGGCUUCUGGAGCAGGCCUUGGCUCUGCCUAAACACAGGGCCCAGACAGGAGACAAAGGAGAGCCAGAAGGGCCAGUUCGAUUCUAGAGCAUUGCAAAGCAUUCUAAGUUCCCCCCUGUUGUCUACAAAACAGACAUUGCAGAAAAACGGUGUUAUGUUGUAGGAGAAGCUGCCAUAGUGGAGUUCCAAGGGACAGUGCCACAUUCUCUCCCAUCAUAGUGAAAGCAUUACAGCUUACUUAAUUUGAGUAGUUUUGUAAUAUUUUAACAAUGGACAUUAUGUUUGCUUAGAUAGCCUCUGUAAAAUAUUUUCUAAUAUAGUCUUAUUUUAGUAAAGUUUUAUAUUUGUAUGUGGACACCUGCUUGUCGAACAUCUCAUUCCAAAAUCAUGGGCAUUAAAUAAAUAUGGAGUUGGUCCCCCCCUUUGCUGCUAAAACAGCCUCCACUCUUCUGGGAAUACUUUCCAAUAUACACUGCUCAAAAAAAUAAAGGGAACACUUAAACAACACAAUGUAACUCCAAGUCAAUCACACUUCUGUGAAAUCAAACUGUCCACUUAGGAAGCAACACUGAUUUGCAAUACAUUUCACAUGCUGUUGUGCAAAUCGAAUAGACAACAGGUGGAAAUUAUAGGCAAAUUAGCAAGACACCCCCAAUAAAGGAGUGGUUCUGCAGGUGGGGACCACAGACCACUUCUCAGUUCCUAUGCUUCCUGACUGAUGUUUUGGUCACUUUUGAAUGCUGGCGGUGCUUUCACUCUAGUGGUAGCAUGAGACGGAGUCUACAACCCACACAAGUGGCUCAGGUAGUGCAGCUCAUCCAGGAUGGCACAUCAAUGCGAGCUGUGGCAAGAAGGUUUGCGGUGUCUGUCAGAGUCCAGAGCAUGGAGGCACUACCAGGAGACAGGCCACUACAUCUGGAGACGUGGAGAAGGCCGUAGGAGGGCAAUUACCCAGCAGCAGGACCGCUACCUGCUCCUUUGUGCAAGGAGGAGCACUGCCAGAGCCCUGCAAAAUGACCUCCAGCAGGCCACAAAUGUGCAUGUGUCUGCUCAAACGGUCAGAAACAGACUCCAUGAGGGUGGUAUGAGGGCCCGACGUCCACAGGUGGGGGUUGUGCUUACAGCCCAACACCGUGCAGGACGUUUGGCAUUUGCCAGAGAACACCAAGAUUGGCAAAUACGCCACUGGUGCCCUGUGCUCUUCACAGAUGAA